AUGGCUCAAGAAGGUUCUUUGAAAGGUUGUUUGAUGGAGUUGAUUAUGCCUUUUGGAAGGAUAGGUCAUUUCGCUACUAAAAGUCGAUAUGAUGAUAGUGAUAAAGAAAACAUAGAGAUUCCUUACAAAAACAAGCCCUUCAAUAGAAUAAGAAAUUUCUCUUCCAAAAACAAGAAGAUCUUGUAUGCCAAAGGUGAUGUUACUGACAACAACUCUGAAGAAUCCAUUGGUGGUGAGGAAGAAGUUCUAUUUAUGGCCACUGAAUGUACUGCAAAGAAUCAAAGAGAUAAGGAUGUUAUUCUACCCGAACUUGAGAGUGAGAAUGAGGUUGAUCUAGAAGGUGAGAUAAUAUAUUCUCUUAAAGAAGUCAAGAGGUUAAAAUGGGAAAGUUUUGAACAAAAGGAUCAAGCUACAACUUUGACAAACAAAAUUAGUGUUCUAGAACCAUUGGUGACUAAUUUGACAAGACAGAUUGAGGAACAUAAAAGAGUUGAAGAUGAUAUUACUACUAAACUAGCAACCAAAAAAGAGUCUUGUCUAAGACUGGAAGUAGAAAUAGUUGGUUUGAAAAGAAAGCUUGAAACAUAUGACAAUACUAGGCUACAGGAUAUUUUAAGCAAACAAAGAAAAGCUAAAAACAUUUCUAGUUUGGGGUUUGAAGUUGGACAAAGUUCAAAUGUAAACAAUAAUAAAACCCCAUAUGAUAUUUUCAGAUCUAAAUUUCAAGACAUAGAGAUCACUAGAAGACGAGCAUCACCAUCUUACCUUGAUAUUGUGGAGAAAUCUUAUCUUAUAAGCUCAGAAGAGGUUAAUAAAUUAUUGGAGAGAGUUGAGGAAACUUUUACAAAACACUUUGCAAGUGGAAAUCAUAACAAAGCUGUGAAGAUAUUAAGGCCAACAAGGAAAAAGCAAAGACAUAGACUUGCCUUUUUUAUAGGAUUUUUUACUGGCUGCUCUAUUGCUCUCUUAGUGGCACUCAUUCUGCUCAUAGUGACUCGAAAUGUUUACAACCAUAAUGAGGCUACUCGCUAUAUGGAGUCUGUUUUCCCUCUAUACAGCUUGUUGGGAUUUGUUUUCCUACAUAUGUUCAUGUACGCAGCAGAUUUGUACUUUUGGCGGCUUUUACGAAUCAACUAUCCCUUCAUCUUUGGAUUCAAGCCAGGAACUGAACUAGGAUUCAGAAAUGUGUUUCUUAUCACCACAGUGCUUUCUGUAAUGUCGCUGGCUGGUGCUAUUUCAUCUGUAAUGUCACUGAGUGGUGACAAAGACGCGAACUCUCAUCCAAGUACUGCAGAAUUUGUUCCAUUGAUUUUGGUUGUGAUUCUAUUGGUGGCACUAUUUUUACCUUUCAAAGGUUUUUAUUACUCAAACCGACUUUUAUUCCUUCGGAGUGCACUUCACUGUAUAUGUGCCCCUUUUUACAAGGUUUUACUUCUGGACUUUUUUUUGGCAGAUCAGUUGACCAGUCAGGUACAAGCAAUAAGGAUUUUUGAGUAUUUUAUAUGCUACUACAGCUCAGGAGGCUUCAAAAUAAGAUCAAAUAAAUCAUGUGAACUCAAGUCCAAUAAUGCAUAUACCACCUUCUAUUUUAUUCUAGCAGUGGUCCCUUAUUGGAUUCGAUUUCUUCAGUGUGUUAGGCGCUUGGUUGAAGAAAGGGAUGCAAUGCAAGGAUAUAAUGCUUUAAAAUAUUUUUCAACAAUUGUUGCUGUUGUAAUGAGAACAGCAUAUAGUCAGACCAAACGUGAAGGCUGGAGAAUAAUGUCUUUCUUUAUGUCAUCAAUUGCAGCCGUUGUUAGUACAUAUUGGGACCUUGUUAUUGAUUGGGGACUCUUAAACCGCAACUCACAACAUCCCUGGUUGAGGGACAAGCUCAUUAUAGAACAGAAAAGCAUAUAUUUUAUGGCCAUGAUUUUAAAUGUACUUCUCCGGUUUGCUUGGAUCCAAUCAGUUAUGAAUUUCAAUAUAAAAAGCCUCCAUCUAAAUGGGACAAUUGCAAUCUUUGCAUGUCUAGAAAUCAUUCGACGUGGGAUAUGGAAUUUCUUCAGGUUGGAAAAUGAGCACCUCAACAAUGUUGGGAAGUAUAGAGCAUUUAAAUCAGUGCCACUUCCUUUCCAACAUGUUGAUGAUGAAAAUGAUGAAUGAAAACCAUAAUAAUUUUUACGAACAUGAGGAAAGCUGACAAGCAGGUUUAUUGUUAGCCAUCAAAUGAAAUUGGAAAUGUGUUGAAUCUUAUAACUAUUUUGGUAUAUGUUUGAGAAAAACUAAAAUGUAUUGUUUAUCACUCAUUCAUUAAGUACAAUAAAUAUCCCCAUCGAAUGUGGUAGUGGUAUAAGUGUGAAAUGGCUAUGCAGCCCACAGCCCACAACCCACAAAAUUAUCUUCUUGUUAAUUGUUAAAAAUGUUUUACUAUCCAAUAAAAGAGUCAUUUUGUUUGUUGCA